AUGGCUGGUACUUAUAAUACUGAACAAGAAAGAAUAAUUGACAGAAUUAAAUGCAUCGCUUUUCGUGAAGCUCGUGAUACUGGUGCAGCAUUUAUUAAUCGACAAUGGAUCGCGGACAAAAUUCGCCGCACAACCCGAUUUGUCACAGAAUGUCAAGACAUCAUUCAUAAAGCAAGUAGCCGACAAGGAAAAAGUUGUUCUAUUGUGGCGAGAGAGAUUGCAGAAGAGCAAAAGGAGUAUGUCACUGGAAGAACAAUCAAUAACUAUCGUCAUAGAGAAGGAUUGAAGCCAUUUAAUGUUAUUCCAAAGCCAUUAAAAACUGAAACUUAUAUAUCAAAUCGUUUAUGGCUAUGCGACUGGUUAGAAGAUUGGACUGAAGAAGACUUUCUUCAUCUUGCACCAUCUGACGAGUUUUAUGUCUGGAUUGUUCGUAGACCAAAUUAUCAAAAUGAUAGAAUUUGGGCCUUAAACGUCGAAGAUAUUGAAGAGGAUGAAAGGUACCAAAAUGUUAUUGAUCCUGAUGAAGUUACAUUUGUUCAUGAUAAGGUACCAUGUAUGCGAGCAAACAAAACCCAACAUUUGCUUCAAGGCAACAAUGUGAAGUUUUGGGGUAAUGACAUCUGGCCAGGAAAUUCACGUAAUCUCAAUGUGGCAGAACGUAUUGGAUCAAUAAUCAAAGAUGAAGUUGAGAAAAAAACGUUAUCAGAAACUGGACAUAAUCGGUAUCUUGAAGACAUACUCACAGUACAUAUUACAAAUGUUUUGACCAAUAUCGAAACAGACACUGAUUUAUUUGAAACACUUUUACGUUCGUAUCCAUCACGCCUCCGUGCAGUGAAGAAUGCUAACGGUCGUCAUACUCAUUAUUGA